UAUAUAUCAUAUGGCAGUUAACAACAAGCGGCAUGUGAAUUUUCGACUCAUUCUUACUCGUUCAGAAGUAUCGUGUUUAUUCAAAUUAUCUACAUUCGUCUGUACUGCGUGCCAUCGGUUUGUUUGUUAUAUUUCAUUAUAAAUUGUAGUGUAAGUUUGCAAACAUUCCAUAGUUCUUAUAGAACAUUCUUAAGUUUACUUGUUUCAUAGUCGGUAUAAUUUACAUUGAGCAAAUAUUUUUGUUAAGUUGACGUUGUAUAGUUCUUCGAUUAUAUUGUGAUAAACUAUUGUUGGCAUUAUUUUAAUGCGUGAACAAUAAGAAAGAUUGGCAGCAAGUAUGCUGUAAAAAAUAUACAGCUAUUUCGAUUUCCGCACAUUAAAAUGAAUACUUUCGAGCAUUUUACAACAGAAAAAUAAGUUAUCAGCUACUUAUUUUGUCUCGUGUAACGUUCAAUUGUAUGAAAAAUUAUUCAUCUCAAGUCAACAAGAAAUCACUGUAAUCAAGGGAAAUGAGUUUAAAACUUCACUACGAUCUGCUGUCUCAACCAGCACGGGCUCUGUAUAUUUUUUUGAAAAGCUGCGACAUACCGUUCGAAUCAAACGUCAUCAAUUUAGCGAAACGCGAACACUUGCAGCCAGGAUACGAAAAAAUUAAUCCUCUUCGUAAAAUCCCUGCGCUGGAACAUAAUGGGUUCAAACUAACCGAGAGCGUGGCGAUUCUUCGAUACCUGUGCCGCGAAUUCAAAGUCGAUGAUCACUGGUACCCAAAAGAUUCCAGAGCCCAAGCCAGAGUGGACGAGUACCUGACCUGGCAACACUUAAAUGCACGACGUCCUCUUACUACGUACUUUCGGUUAAAGUAUUUACUACCACUUAUAACAGGAAAACCAACAAAAGCCGACAAGCUUUUGGAACUGGAAGGCGAGAUGAUUGAAAGUCUGGAUCUGUUUGAAAAUAUUUGGCUGAAAGAUAAACCUUUUUUGGCAGGGGAUAAAAUAAGUAUCGCUGAUCUCUUAGGCGCUAGCGAAGUUGAGCAGCCAAGAUAUGCUGGAUAUGAUCCUCGAGACGAUCGUCCCAAACUGACCGCGUGGUUGGAUCGAGUUUCCAGAGAAACUUCGCCUUUCUAUCAAGAAGCUCAUGCGAAUCUCAACGAAGUGGCUAACAAAUACGGAUAAAACAUUUUCAUUGAUGCAAUUUUCCGGGACUUGAGACAUUCGCGUAAUUCUUAAUAAAGCUUCGUUAAACAAA